UCCAGCUGUCUUCAAGGCUUGAUCAGACUCAGAAUAAGGAUAUUUGAUGAGACCCGAGUCUCCUACAAAAGCUCUAUAUAAUGCUGGACAUUGGAACCAUCCAGACUUAGAAGAACUACCUGGGCGACCAGGAGUAAAACCUCAGAGUGUCACAGUGAGGCUGUCUUCAAAGGAACCAAAUGAAAAAGAUGAUGGAGUUUUUAAUGCUCCUGCACCACCACCCAAAGUGAUAAAAACUGUGAUAAUACCUACUCAGCCCUACCAAGAUGUAGUUACUGCACUGAAAUGCGGAAAAGGAGACAAAGAAGUAGGCAACUAUGUACAGUUUUAUUGCACUUAGAUAGAAUUUUGUGUGUUAUCCAGCCUUUUAAUGUCUUGAACACACGUUAGUACCCUGGUUCUCAAUUUUGAACCACG